CACUGGGUACCAAAACAAUCAACAUGUGCUUUUGAUGUAUCAUAAUAAAUCUGCAGUAGUCAGAUCGUCAAAUAAAAUGGGAUAUUGCGUUCACUUGUCAGUAAACUUGUGGACGGUUUAGUUCUAUCCAACAAAUACGUGAUAAACCCGAAUCAGAACUUGUAUUGUGACGCAAUAAGAAGCUUUUAUUCUGCGUUCUGGUUUCAUGUCCUUGCUCUUAUUUUUGACAUUAUCUGCCCAGAUUUUGAUAUUUGCCUCUACGAUCAACAUCCUACGAAUUGUUCCAGCCUUGGAUUUUCCGACGUGUAGGCUUCAUCUGUUCAUGCUCCAGCAGAACCAGCCAGUCCAAUUACCAACAUGGCUGUAAAUGUUUCUUACGUAUAUAUUUUUAUUUUAUUUAUUCAUAAUUUCAUAUCCAAAGCCGCAGUCGAAGGGAGAUUCUCCGACUUCAAAAGCUGUGCAGACGAGGAAUGCAGUAUGCUCUUGUGCCGGGGGAAAGCUUUUAGCGAUUUCACCGGACCAGACUGUCGGUUUCUGCCAUUUAAAAAAGGAGAGACUAUAUAUGUCUACUAUAAACUCUCAAGCCAAAGGACAAAUAUAUGGGCAGGGAGUGUUGGUAACCGCUUUGGUUACUUCAAUAAGGACCAACUCGUAAUCAAUCACAUAUACACUGAAAAAGAAUUGGAGAUUCCUGCUGAGGAAACCGACUUUGUUUGCUUUGACACUGGACACGAUAAGUUUGACAGUUAUGACAUUGAUUCACUGUUAGGUUCCUCUUUAUUGUUAACAGACGAGGAGGAAUCUGUGCAAGUAACCACAGAGACUUUUUACCUUAACAAAAGUGCUGAGAGCACCACGGUGGAAGUGGAUGAGCCUCCACCUGAAGUGACAUUGUUAGAAAAUGAUGAGAUUGAUAGGGAUGUUCCUGAGGACAUCGAUAAGGUUGUAGAGGUUCUAGAUAAUGAUGAUCUGAGACAUUUUGAGGCUUUAGAGUCCUCUCUGCCUCACCCUGAAACUCUUGACACAAAGGGAGUGGAAUAUAACACUGUACUUGAGACCACAGCUGAGAGGAUCAAAGAUUACCUUCAGAAAGAUCAGCAGAGGACAGAGGACUCUGUGCCGUACAGUGUUGUUGAACCAGAGGAAGGUGAGAUCAAAGAAACCCCCUCAGAACCUCUAUCCAAAGAUGAUCCUGAGUUAGAAAAUGCACCUGAUGGUUUUUCAGAAGGCAGACCUAUUCCGGAGUUAAAAACCACACUUGGAAUAACUUUUGAUGCUGUCACUUCCAAUGAUGAGGACACUUGGAAGGUGACUCCAUAUGAUAAGGAAAGUGACAAGACUGAAUAUCAGCAGGAUGAGGAAAGUGAUUAUCAUCUCAGGGAAACUCCAUUGCUGGCUUUUUCUGAAGAAAGUUCUAAUUUGGAACACGAGAACAUUCUGGAAUCUGAUCAUACAGAUGAGGAAGACAGUCUAUCAGAGGUACCUCAUACACAGAAACAGGACUCCAAGGACAAUAACCUGUGGUCUGCAUUUGGUGAUACAGUUUUUAACGUUGUCAGUGGUGGGGAAAGAAUAGCUCAUGUUGCCAGUUCAGAGGAAAAUGAGGAGGAUGACGAAGGUGAGAUUACACCAGAGCAGCCUCCCAAAAUUGAAGAACCCAAGGAGUCAUUUGGCUGUUCUACUUCCUCUGAGCUAAUCUUUGAGCAACCUGCGGACUCUAAUUUCAGUGAGGAUGCUGUCAAAGUACCCGAUGAGGAUUCUCAGAUGUUGCAGUUUGAGGAUGAAUCUGAAGAAGCUGACAUUGAACCUUCAACACCUCCUGCUUAUGAGGCAGGACACACUGAGGCUUUAGCAGAGAAUCUUACAGUAGAUGACAGCCCAGUCCCUAAACAGCUCUCACAGACAGACAUGCUCUCAGACUUUGAUAGUAAAAAUGAUGAAUUAGAGCUGAAACAAGCUGUUGAAGAACUCCCCAUACAAAAAGAGGAGUCAAUAGAUUUCUCACAAGUAGAGAAUACAUUUAAACAGGGUGGUACAGAGCUUUUUAGACUAUUGCGAGAACCAUACCAGAAGAUCCCGGAUCCAAGUAAAAACACAAUGGUGAAAGAGAGCCAUCUUGAACUCCCCAUAGAGGAGGAUGAUUCAAUACACCUAGUGGGGGAAGAGAUUGAGGAAGAGUUGCUAGAGGAUGAAAAUGCGGUAUUGUCUUCAUCCAAAACUGAGCACACUGAUGAAAAUGACACAGAAAGUCUAUCUGAAUUUGGGUCAGAGCAACCCAAUAAUUAUACACAAACCGAUGUUGUAUCCAGUGAUGUGUUGGAUGUGGUCCAACACGGCGAGGCUAUUGACAUAGAACCUGAGGUGCAUGAGACUGAAAAUGAUGCUGAAAGCCACACACCCUCACUUAAAGAUAAAGUUCUGGAUCCCCUUCCAAACAAGGAGACGGAAUACAGUGACAAUGUGUUGAGGCUGACACUAUUGCGAGACCACUUCAAGGAGGAGGAUAUGGAGCGCCUCCAAAAGAUUCUAGGUCUUCAGAAUCUCUUUAGGGUGGAGUUCCUGUUUUCUGACCUGGAGCUGAAGGCUGCCUGGCUGUCCCAGACAAACACCAGUAAGGACAUUGAAAAGGUGCUGGAAGCCAUUUUGGAAGCCUCUGAAACCCCAAUCCUGGAUGAGAUUGAGAGGAUGCUGGAUGCCCAGGAGAUCGCUGACCUGCAGCAGGAGGCUGGUGAGUUUGUUGAGGAAGCUUCCAUCUUGGACGACUUCCAGGAAUUGGUGUUCACCCUGAGUCAGAAGUACUCAACGGCCAGAAACAGUGCUCCCAUGGCAGUGGGCAGUCAACUACACCCUGACACAGAUGUGGAUAUGUCUGAUGAUGCGGAGGAAGAGAAGACAUUCCCGCAGUCUGUGGAGGACAUAGACAAGGACAACCUCACUGUGACAGAGACGGGUGAAGAGACUAAGGCACCUGAGAAGCCUGCCCAUGAUAGUCACAAGAUACCAUAUAUGGGCAUUGAUGAGGAUAGUGGGUACUUGAACAGAAACAAAGACAAUCAGGCAAGCUCUAAAACUCCAGAAGAAAUCCAGAGGGGCCCUCAAACUAUUUUGGAAAAUACCUUGGACAUGGGACUUAGCGUAGACAUGGAUCACCCUCCCUCAGGAUCUCUGGAGUCACCUCCUGUCACUGAUUUCCAUGAAGAUGAGCAGAGUGGUUCAUCAUUCGUAUCAGUGCUAAUUUUAUCUGGUCAUCUCAUCACCCUGUUUUAUGAGUAUCUUGGAAUAUAUGGUGUUAUGAUGGUCACCAGCCUGCCAGAGCACUGGAAGUCAGGUCCAGACUUCUACAGCGUGUUCUGUGAACCCGUGCUGGUCACUGCAGGUGCCGGGGUCAUCGGCUUCCUCUUCUGGAGUAGCAUUCUAUCUGUCAAAAGCAAGUCAUAUCUAAUUACUGAAAAAGAGCUGGUGGACAGGAUGAAAAUGCUUGAACAAGAGAAGAAGGAGAUACUCCAAAAGGUCGCUGAACUGCAGCAACGGGGCGAAGAACUUAAAGAAAAUCAAAAGCUGUCUGAAAAAUCUGCCACUUUCUCUCUGGAGAAGAUCCAGGAUUUGGAGAAUAUUGUGCAAGAGAUGGAGAGACAAAAUGAGCGCCUGGAUGAGGAAAAUCACUUACUCGCCAUAUCCUUUGACAAAGAGCGGGCCAACACUGCGAAACAUGACGAUAUGAUGUCCGAAAUGGACAAAACCAUUGAGAAGUUGAAGCGCAGCAAGAAGAAGACCCAGGACGCACUCUCCAAGUCUACCAUUCUGAUGGAUGAAGUCAAGCUCCGUGAAGAUGCCCGGAAUGUCCAGCACCAGGUUCUGGAGAAGGAUAUUGCCACCCUGAAGGAGGAGAACCUCUCGCUGCACCAUGCUGCCAAGUUGUGGGAGGAGAAGCACAGGGAGACAAGAGAGCAGAUCAAAGUCUACCACAAGUCUCAGAAAGACCUGGAGGAUUCCCUCGUUCAAAAGGACCACAACGUUGAGGUUCUGUCUGACCUGCUAGGAGACCUGGAGGCCUGCGAUGACCUGAAAGGUGGAGUUGUGGCUAACGGGGAAGCCUUUAACGACAAGCAGACCAUCAUCCAAAACCGCGUUAAGCAAAUGAUGGUCGUCUCUCGGAACUUUCCACAGGUCCAGACCACUCUGUCUGUUGUGGAGAAAGAGCGCGAUCGCUUCAUGACCAAGCUGCUGAACGAAGAGAAGUCCAGGAAAGAGCUGGAAGAGCAAUUUCAGAAGUUGGAGCAUGACAUCUUGUUGGUGAAAAGUGACAAGAACCACAUGGAGAACCAGUACAAGACCCUGCAGCAGAAGAAUGACAUCAUGACUGAGAUGUACCAGCAGAAGGAGAACGCUUUGCAGCAGAAGCUGACCAAGGAGGAGUUUGAGCGCCCCAACAAGGAAGACCGGCUGACGAAGGUGGACAGCAAGGCCCUAGAGGAGGAGGUCAAGGUGUGUAGGCAGCGCGUUAAAGAGAUCCAGGAUAAGCUGAAACGGACCGAGAAGUCCUACAAAGCCCAGAUCAUUAAGCAGGAGCAGAAAUCUCACGAGAACUGGGCGAUUGCACGCGCCGCAGAGCAAGCUAUGUUCAACGAGAAGAAGGAAAACAUUCACCUUCAUAACUUACUGACUUCCAUGUCCAGCAAGCUGAAUGAGCUCCGUAGGCCUCUGUUCAAGCCCACCCUUGGGAUGGCUCCCAUGCCUCUCCGACGAGGACCACGACCUUGCGGCCGUUACCCUCCUGACCACAAACACCCAGUGGCUUCUAGACCUGACACCAUGGCCCCAAGUACAUCCUCACCAAGCGAUCUGGGCAGCUCGACCGCUCCACUAGAGUCACAGGCUGAGGCCCAGGCCUCCACAGAGAACCCAGAGGCAAACACUCGACCUCAGGGUCCUGGCUCCCUGCUGGUCUCUCCCAUCAGGCCCCCCCCCGACUCAAGACCCGGCCCCCUCAGACCAGUCAUCAGCCAUCCCUCCGGACUCUGCUACCGUCCCAUUCCCGGACGCCACCACAUCCCUCCUCCCCCACCCUUCAUGCCUCCCGUGUACCGACCAGACAACGGACACUCAGGCAUGAUGCCUCCUGGACCCCCACCGCCUAACGGACACCCGUUGAUACCACCCGGACAUCGGCGUCCAACUCCUGGUGCUUACAGUCCCCCUUCCCCACACAACCGGUACCUUCCUCCACCUUCUCACUAUGAACCGGUGCCUCCCCCAUUCGGUGUUUCCGGCAGCACUCCUAUGGCCCGACCCAUGGGACCCCCACAUACCUACGUGCACUAUGGACCACUUGAUCACUCCAUCCUGCCCCCUGGGGUGGCCCCAUACCCUCAUGUCGGCCCCAGAGACUUCCCUGUGCAGCCACAGGUCCCACAUGGCCAUGACUCUUCAGUGGGCCCCCAGCCCGGCGCUGGCCCCCAGGGCCAGGGGCAAGACUAUAGGUCCCAGCAGGCAACAGCUGCCCCCCAGGACUCAGACAGAAAAUAAAUAUAUGAUAUACUUGCAAACAACAGAAGUAUCUAAAAAGUUAGUUCCUAUUAAAGCAUCAGAAAAUCAAUGUCUUAUGUUUCUUGUCUGAAAUGUAAUAGACUUGAAGAGGAGUAGUACUGAGGCUUGUUACUCUGCAAGAGGUCCUAUUGUGCAAUAACAUUUCUAUUGUGUGACUGAGCUUUUUAUAAAAGGUUAUUAUGUUGAUUUUUGUAUUCAUUUCACAAUGUUAUCAUGGUUUCCUGUGGAAAUUAUUAUUAAAAAGAAAUGGAGCCCAAGCUUUUGGGUUGCUUGAUCAAUCAUUUCAGAAGUACCAUAUUAUCUGAGCUCUUCCCAAAACUCUCUUCAGAAUGAACUGAAAGGGAAGGUUGAAAGUCAGAUGUAAUUUACUGUUCUUAGGAUAUUUUAUUAAUAAAACUGGUAAAAGAUACUGCAGUUUUCUAUUGUUCAUAUGACGCAUAUGACAACUUUUGCGAUCCAUUUUAGUUUGAAAGGAAAUGUCUGACAGUGCAUUUUGUUUUGUAUGGGUAGCUGCAUUACAUGUGAAAGGCCAGUAAAUCACCCACUAACUGAACACCUGUCAUAUUACAUUUGUUUCACAUUUGUUUCUUUUUGUUAUGUUACAUCAGGAAUGCAUCACAUUUUUUCUAUUUAUUAUCAAUAAAAAGAAAAUAACCAUAUUUUUUUUGCACGUGACUAAAGACUAUUUGCAUUAAAUGUAUAUCAUUGCAUGCUUUGGUUAGACAUGUUUUACUCUCUGUAGGUCCCAGAACUUUUCUUUGUACCCACUGACUAUUUACCUCUACCAAAACACUUGACUGAUUAUUGGCAUAUCUGGAAUGUUAUGAUGUACACUGUUAUCGAGGCUGUCAAAUUAUUGUGUAGCUGGGCACUGCUCUGCCUGUCACCAUACUGUACACUGAAAGUGGUUCUGAGUGAAUGACACAGGGAAAAGUAAGGGCAUACAAGCGUUUGAGUCUUAUGCUAUAGUCCAGGGUUUCCCAAACUCAGUCCUUUUGCCCUAGCACUACACAGUUGAUUCUAUUAAUCAACUCAUCAAGCUUUGAUUAUUUGAAUCACGACCGAGUUUGCGAAACCCUGCUCUAGUCUACAGAAACAGUGCAGGUAGAAUGAACAGGGUUUGUCAUCACGUUCUAGGUUUGUAUUGACAUUGUACAUUUCUACAGUAUGUGACGCCAUAAAUGGAGUUACUGAAGGUUAA